AUGCGUGCUCACCACACAGACCUCUUUGUCUUUGACAACGACAGGUUGGCUGGCGAUAUCCUCCUCAAGGAUGGCAGCUCUAGACUAGCCUACAAUGAGUACGCCGUCUUCAAGGUUCAAAAUCCCCCCGACGACCAACACACUCUGGCCAGUCAGAGCGGGACCCACGAGAGCAGAUCCAUCCACUCGGAGACGGAGGAUGAGGCUUCACAAAUGUUCAACUCCUCUAUCAGAGGAACCCAUUCCUUGGGCACAGAUGGCAAGUUCGAGCCGCACGCCACUCCAGAUCCAAAUCUAGAGGGCCGAGUGCGCCAGAUAAUAUGCCGCAGGCGAGGGGAGCCAGGCUCUGAAGGUCUGAGCAUUACGGAUGACGAUUUUGAGGACUUGCGUCUACAUCCAUCCACGUUACAGCAUGUGCGCAGAACUACGACGGAAGCUAUGUUCUGGGAUCAAGGUCAUGAGAAACUCAGCCUCAUUCUGGCCUUCUCAGGUAACCCGCGACCCCCAUACGACUUUCUGUCCAUGACAUACGACAUACCCAAGCGUUGUCUCACGGUGCUUGUGCGUCAGUCCUUCGAUCCGCACCACCAUGGUGUCAACGACCUGGACGACUACGAGAAGCGCAUGAAGGCUUGCGAAAACCAUUGGGCUCACCCGUUCAUCUUACCCGUCAUCCUAUUGCAAGUUCAGCUCAAUCUGGCAGAGCAACAUGUGGCUAUGAACGGGGUCGAACUCUCCAAGCUGGAGAGAGAUAUCGGCAAUAUGGCGGGUUUCAUGGCCGGUGAUGAGAAGCGAAGACGGCCAUCGACGGGUGACGAUAACUCUGGCCCGCUGAACACGACCCAGCUCAUGAAGAACGCGCACCAAGUUUUGCGAAAGAGCAUUGAGCUUUUGGAUACGAUCCGCUGGUUGGAGAGGGCCAUUGAGACCUUGGUCAAGGCCGGAGACGAGCUGGAGCGCAAGAUGGCGGGGCCCGAGGGACCUCCUCCGUCGCCGGUGUCACCAAUGCCGAUGUGGGCCCAAGUGCCCAGGCUCACCGUGGAAGGGGCCGACUUCACUGACUUUAAGGGGUUUCGACAUCCGCUUGCGAGUCACUGGCAUGAGAUCAAGCAGUACCUGGAUAGCCUUGAUCGAGUAUGCAAGAGCGUUGGAACCGAGCGUAGCAUGUUGGAAACCAGAUGUCGUGCUCAGAUCGACAUUAUCUACGCCAAGAUGGCACAGGAGGACAAUAUUCUCAACGCCCGGAUGGCAGUAGCGUCGACGCGGGACUCUUCGUCCAUGAAAGCCCUGGCCGUCAUCACCGCCAUCUUCCUGCCCGGCGAGUACAUCGGCACGCUCUUCGGCAUCUCUAUGUUCGACUGGGACGGCAACGGCGGGGACGACGACGACAAGCCCAGCACCGCACCGUCGCCCCUCCUGCCGGGAAAGCGCCACCCCUUGGUCAGCAACAUCUUUUGGCUGUACUGGGCUAUCGUCGUGCCCCUGACCAUCUUCAUCAUCACGGCGUGGCGCGUCUGGUGGGUCGGCCAGGACCGCUUCUUCCGCAAGCAUCUGUCGAGGGAGCUCAGCGAGGAGCGGUACUGGACCGACAACGGCCGGCCGCGCGAGCUCGAUCACUCGUUCAUGCACGACUUCUUCUACCUGUCGGUGAGGCGGGACGAGAGGGCGCCGGAGGAGAAGCCCCCGCAGCUCAGUCGGUCGACCUCCUUCUUCCACCGCACCCGGACCCUGAGCAACUCCAAGGACGACAGUAGCGGAUUUGGCGACCUGCCGAGAGCCCACACGGGGAUCGUGCUGCCUCGUCGGCGACCGAGGAACGGGAGUGGAGGGGUCUCCGAGCGAGGCUCUGGUGGGAGAUUUCAGCAGAUAUCGUUUGCGAGACAGAGCAGUCGCCGAAUGACGGGCUCAGCCAUGGUGUGA